UUGUGAUUUGUCAAAUUUUCAAGAACAAUAUAUUUUGUUGUCUAGUUUAUUUGUCUAUGCUUGUUAUGAUAGAGCUACAAUCUAAAAAUUUAAUUGAAAUUUGCUUGUCACUGUUUCGCAUGAUAAUCGCUAAUCAUUAAAUGGGUUUUAUUUACAGUGUAUGUUGUUUUUGAUAACCUUUUAGUAGAAGCUCGUUAACAUUGUUGUUACUUGUUGUGGUUGAUACAUUUCAAUAUCAAACAUGUGACAUUGAAAAAAGAAAACAAGAUUAUUGCUUUUACGUAUUUUCAUGAAAUAUGAAUACAAUGGAUUUUUAAAACGUUAGAAAUAAUUAUAUCUAAGGAAAUGGCGUCUUUGGAUUUCAAUAAAAUUUGUCGCGCCUGUCUGAGUGAAGCGGGACCAUUUAACGAUUUGUUUUUGGUGUCUUCACCUGAAGUUUUCAAGUAUUGCACCUCUUUGGAGAUUUCAGAGAAUGACAAUCUGCCAAAACAACUGUGCCUGUUGUGUUUAGAGUUAUUGAACAAGUUCUACAGUUUCAAACAAGUUGUUUUGAAGUCUCAUGAGGUUUUGCAACAACAUGUCUAUGAUGAAGGAAAAGUCAAGAUAGAAAAUGAGAUUGUGGACUGUGAAACAACCACUAUACCUGAGGGAGUGUCACUGCAGGAUCUAGAAGUGGUGACUGAUGCAAAUAUUAUAUUAACAGCAGAUGAGAAUUUACAGCAGUAUUCAAUAAUCAAAAAAAGACGAAAACAAGCUGAACCCAUAAAACUAAAAUACGGAAAGCGCAUGAAAUGCCCAAAGUGUGAGAAAUCGUUCGGGAGGUAUGAAAGCUUUGAAGCGCACAUGCGAAGUCAUUUUGGUAAAAAGCCAGAUAUAAAAUGCGACUACUGUGAUAAAUCAUUUCGGAAUUAUCGUAACCUGCAAAGCCACUCACGAAUUCACACUGGCAUUAAGAAGUACCAGUGCCUCACCUGUGGCAAGAACUUUGCCUACCUCAAUGUCCUGAAGAACCAUGAACUAAUACACGCGGGUAUAAAAAAACACGAAUGCCAUAUCUGUGACGCUAAGUUCGUUCAACAAUAUAAUUUGAAAACACAUUUAGACACUCACACAAAUCAAAAAAGAUUUAUAUGUGUCCAAUGUGGUAAAAAGUUCGCGCAGGCAAGCAAUCUCAAGAUACAUCUCAUGAGGCAUAGCGGUAUCAAGAAUAUAGCAUGUCAGCUGUGUGACAUGAGGUUUUAUGUUAAAAGUGACCUCUUCAAGCACAUGCGGUCGCAUUCAUCCGAGAAGCCAUUUCCGUGUGAAUUCUGUGAAAAAACAUUCAAAAGUAAAAGUUUUUUAAAUGUACACUUACGGAGCCAUACAGGUGAACGUCCAUACGGAUGCGACAUGUGCCCGAAGAAGUUCAUGACGCGCAAGGACAUGCGCAACCACCGCAUGACGCACACGGGCGAGCGCCCGCACAAGUGCACGCUCUGCAACCGCGGCUUCAUACAGAAGUGCGCGCUCAACCGACACAUGAAGAGCCACGCCACCACCCUCGUCAGCGAGCACCUGCAGGACGACGGCCAGACCUCCAUAGCCAUCACCUACACGCGGUAUCAGUGAGGCACGACCCGUCAGCUCAGCUGCAAUUGACUUGGCCUUGGAGUCUUGACCAUUCAUCUUUGCAUAUAGGCAUUGAACCUCCAUCAAUUAAUCGAUCAUGUGGUUGUUGGUUCUACGUACAAUAGGAUACUCUGUAUAUACCCAACGAUGACUCAAUUAUUGCGAGGCUCUUACCCACAAAUCCUUGUGAAGCUAUUUUACCCGAUUGCCGAAAGAGAGCAGAAGAGAGAGGACUAAUGUAUUUUCUUUGUGGUUAUUACCUCUUGCAAGCACGAGACCCUGGGCAGUUGCCCUUGUUGCCACCUAUUAAGAGCGCUACUGUCGAUAUCUAUCCAGUAUGAGACGUAUACUAAGUUACGCCAGUAUUGAUUGUGUAUCUAAUUGGAACAAAGUGUGAAGAAAAUUGAAGAUAAUUUAAUUAUUCACAUUUAAGACGGUUAAAGAAUGAGCGUAAUAUAACUGCGCAUAGACUUGUAUAAUACGUACCUGAAUGCGCGUACACACAUUGAUAAAUACGAGCUUGUUUGAAUUUUCUCAAUGUAAAAUUGAUAUAAAUGUAUGGUUAUUGGUGAUGUAUUUAGAAAUCUUAAUGAAUCAUUUUUAUAUACCUAAAAUAACUUGAUGUCCCUGUCUACUAAAAAAUUUAAUGUUAUUAUUAUUGGCCUACAAAUGCAAACUAUACGCGUUUAUAAAUUGUUGGUUGUUUUUAUUUGUAUUGCCAUUCCUUGUCAUUUUUUUUUUUCAUUUUUUAUGUUCAUUUUUUCUGUAUUGAUAACCUAUGUGAAUGGACUGCAACAUUAAAUGAGACUUUAUUUCAUGUCUAUUACAGUGGACAGUCAAGUGAUAGGAAUAAGUGCAUAAUAUUUUGAAUUUGUGCACUAAACUAAAUUCAUAUCAAGCAUUGGUACAGAUUACCAUGGUCAUGUAAAACCAUAAUUAUUAUGUGAAAUGCAUUGAAGUUCAAUUUGUGUUUGCCAUAUUGAACAAACAUUGCAAAAACUUUGUGUCACUGAGUUUUUUAAUGUUUUGACAAUGUAUUGUUAAUGGGACGGAACUUAACAUGUAAUGUGAUAAUGAUAAUUAUUUGAAUGUAAGUAAAGACAAUGGAUGGAAACUUAUCUUUUGGAUACAAUAAUACACAACAUAAAACUUA